GCCGCGGGCCGCGGGACGCAGCCGGAGAAUAAACCCCGACGAUCCCGGGCCGAGCCGGCGCCCGCACCAUGUCCGUGGCCUUCGCGUCCGCGCGGCCCAGAGGCAAGGGCGAGGUCACGCAGCAGACCAUCCAGAAGAUGCUGGAUGAGAACCACCAUCUGAUCCAGUGCAUCCUGGACUACCAGAGCAAGGGCAAGACAGCCGAGUGCACCCAGUACCAGCAGAUCCUGCACCGGAACCUGGUCUACCUGGCUACAAUAGCUGACUCCAACCAGAACAUGCAGUCACUACUCCCUGCUCCUCCCACACAGAACAUGAACCUGGGCCCUGGGGCGCUGAGUCAGAGUGGUUCCAGCCAGGGCCUGCACCCUCAGGGCAGCCUCAGUGAUGCCAUCAGCACAGGCCUGCCUCCCGCCUCCCUCAUGCAGGGCCAGAUUGGUAAUGGUCCAAACCACGUGUCCAUGCAGCAGACGGCCCAGAGCACGCUGCCCACAACCUCCAUGAGCAUGUCCGGCAGUGGCCAUGGUACUGGGCCUGGCUAUAGCCACUCAGGACCCACCUCACAGAGCGUCCCCAUGCAGGGCCAAGGUGCCAUUGGCAACUAUGUGUCUCGGACCAACAUCAACAUGCAGUCCAACCCAGUCUCCAUGAUGCACCAGCAGGCGGCCACAUCCCACUACAACUCUGCACAGGGCGGGAGCCAGCACUACCAGGGCCAGUCGCCCAUUGCCAUGAUGGGCCAGGGAGGCCAAGGGAGCAGCAUGAUGGGGCAGAGGCCCAUGGCACCCUACCGGCCCUCCCAGCAAGGCACCUCUCAGCAGUACCUGGGCCAGGACGAGUACUACAGUGAACAGUACAGCCACAGCCAGGGCGCUGCGGAGCCCAUGAGCCAGCAGUACUACCCAGAUGGCCACGGUGACUACGCAUACCAGCAGUCAUCCUACACGGAGCAGAGCUAUGACCGUUCAUUUGAGGAGUCCACACAGCACUACUAUGAGGGAGGGAACUCCCAGUACAGUCAGCAGCAGGCUGGGUACCAGCAGGGCACAGCCCAGCAGCAGACAUACUCACAGCAGCAGUACCCCAACCAGCAGAGCUACCCAGGGCAGCAGCAAGGCUACGGCCCUGCCCAGGGAGCUCCCUCUCAGUACUCAAGCUACCAGCAAGGACAAGGCCAACAGUACGGAAGCUACAGAGCAUCGCAGACAGGACCCUCUGCCCAACAACAGCGACCUUAUGGCUACGAGCAGGGCCAGUACGGAAAUUAUCAGCAAUAAGGGACAAGCAUUCAAGAUGGUGCCCGUGGGGUUGUACGCUCACCCAGGAGAUGGACGAGCCAGUGGCAGUUCUGAUGAAUUGUGACAUGUUGGUUACCCUUUGCCCAAUGCCACAUCUGCAUGUGAAGCGUGCUCAUUUUGUGCUGGGUAUGACGCCGAGUGUGCACCGCUGACAUAAGACAGCGCUGCAGUGGUGUGACAUAUUUGGUGCUGUGUAUAGUAUUGUAUGUCGAUACAAUGGAGAGAGUGUCCAUUUUUUGUCCCCUUACCCCUCUUCAGUGUUCUUAGCUAGCUCUGGGGGUCAUUUUGUCACCAGAGUGUUCGUCUGUGCUCAGUGAUGGGACACAAUCUCAGAGACGCCAUGCCCCACGUAGUCCCGUAAACAGACCUGGUCUGCCCCAACUCCUCGCACCGUUGUCACAGUGUGGAUUGUAAAUGUUUCUUUAACUGCCUACACUGUAGCCGGAUACACACAGAGCUCUGGGUGACCACUGCCGCCUGUGCCUCAGUGGGGUUUAAGGGCACCAUCUGUGUCUUGGGCCAGUUUCUUUCCCACCAGAACAGAAAAUAGGCUUCCCCUGGAGCAGCUGUGAGCCCUUACUUCCAGGGCUCGCCUAGGGCUGAUGUCUCACCAGUGCGCAUGAUCCCAUAAAGGGAUGCAUCUCUCUAUUAAAACGUGACCGUGUUCCACAGACAUGUCCAUGAGGACAGUGUGUGGACAGCUGGAAGGUGGUGUACUGAAGAGUGAGGCCCAUCUGUAGUGUGUCUUUGCCUUUGUCUGAUGUCGUUUGUAGGGUUUGAAUAUGCCUGAUCCUAAGCUUGUAAGUAUUGGUAACAAACUUUCCAAACAGGCAGCAAGUGGCUUAUUUUAUAUUAUCUUUUCCAAGACCUGCUUGUUUGGAUCUCCAAGUGAGUGUUCUUUUUUCUUAGGGCUGUCUGAAAUCCAGUCAUUCUUAAAAAGAACCCAGUAUCUUUACUGUGUUCUUUCAAAUGAGAAGCAAAGAUUUUACAUAGUAAAAUUUGAGUGAUUUUUAUGUCCCUAGGACAUUGAAUUCUGUUUGGAUUCUGUGCAAACAUUAAAGACAAGCAGCAUGGAUAUUUGAUCAGUCUUGUUUAGAUAAUAAUAACCAUAUUUACUAUGAAUCCUUUUUAAAACAAAUCUUCAGAUAAGUGUUGGGUGUAUUUCUGAGAAUCACUAAGAAAAUACAAAAAGUAUCCAGUUACCGAAUACUUGGCGUAUCAGGCCCACCAAAGCAGAUACAUUUCUUGUUCUUUAUUUUUUCUUAUUUGUUUUUAUUUAUUUGAGGUAGGGUCAUAUGUAGCCCAGAAUGGCCUUAAACUCGCUUUUUUCUCUGAGACUAGUCUUGAACUCCUGGUCCUCCUGCCAAGAUUAUAGGUGUGCACCACCAUGCCUGGCUCAGAUGUGUUUGAUACCGUUUUAUGUUUUAAAAACUAAUUUUUUAAAUCUAAACUUUAGUGCUUUAGAAUUCUUAAAGCACUUUUUUUUCUCUUGAAUUAAUCCUGAUAGCUCACACUAGGCAAUAUGGAGCCAGGACUGUUUCCAUUAGCAGAUUAAGAGCUAAGGUCUGUGUUGACUACUGGUCCUUUUCCAGGACAUUCCUGCAGGACAGGUAUCAAUAAAUGCGGGCAUACGAGUGUAGGCGCAGGUCUUAGCAAACUCUUUAACACUGGUUAACACUGUGACCAUGUUAAAUUUACAGAAACAAGAUUUUCCUACUUGUCCAGUGACAGUGUUGGCAACAUCAUUUAGGGAGUCAUCUCUUUUGUUUUUGUUCUUUCUGGCAGUUUUUAUAGAAUUAUUCUGUAAGCUCAAGAGGGGGCAAAAAUCUCCCACUGAAAAAUAUCAGAACGUUUUAAGUAACUGUGAAAAUGGGCUUUAUUCCUUGCCAACUUGGGAAUAUGCUGUGUGUGUGUGUGUGUGUGUGUGUGUGUGUGCGCUCAUGCGUGUGUGUAUUUUAAGUGAUGUAUUAAUACUCUGGAAGAAAAGGAUACUUAAAAGAUGUAUCACCCCAAAACAUCAAUCUGAAAUGUCUUACAUUAAGAAUUUCUUGAAUGUUGUACAUAUAUUUUAAAGAGCACUUUGUGAAAUAGUUUGUACAUUUAUUUCUUAAUUUAUAAUGAUUCCUGGUGUUAAUAUAUUUAAUGAUUAAUAAUGUUUAUUUAAUGUUUUGUCCAUUUUUAUGUAAUGUUGUGGCGAAAAGUGAUGCCAGCAAUUCCUUUUCGUUACCUGUUCUGUACCUUCUCUUCUGUGAUAUGAAUGUCUGAAAAAGCCUAGGAAAUGGAAUUGUUCGUGCAGGUGUGGUUGUGCCGUUUUUAUAACCCUUCUACGGAAGGCCAGGAAAGAUGCAAAGAGUGAGGUGGAAAUUGCUGCUCUUUCUUCCUCCCGUUUCCCGACAUCCAUGAGGGCGAGGGCUGCUGUGUCCUGGGCGCUGGUGUGCGGCAGAAUCGAGAUCUCUGGACUGAGCACAGCCCUGGGACAGAGGCUCAGGGCUUGGAACCUUCUAGAAGCCUUCCUCCUUCUGGACUGCAGGACAGGCGGCCUCUGCGUUUGUCAGUUCCAAUGUCGGGUGUCCAUUAAAAUUUGUAAAAAAGAGGAAGACCUUUUUCCAUUUCCAUUAAAUUUUUUUAGCCAUUCCUUCA